AUGAAGAGGAAAAUGAAGAUUGUGAGACUCUCUUUCCUCCUUUUCCUUUUAUUGCAAGCCAUCUCCUCUCAAUCAUGUUCCAAGCAAGACAGACUUGCUCUUUCGGCCCUAACUUCCCGUUUCCAAAUCCCUUUCUCUUCGGACUCGGAUUGUUGUGAAUGGGAAGGAGUGAAGUGCAACUCCUCCACAGGGAGAGUGACUGAACUCUCGCUGCGGAAUUCAGUCGAACAAUAUAUUAAUUACUCGGAUUUUUCUGUCUUCAAAGAUUUGAAGCACCUCCACUUGUCAUUAGAUAAUAAUAUAGUUGGUUGUGUGGGGAAUGAAGGGUUGCCAAGUCUGGAGGUCCUUGAAUUGAAGCUGGAUAAUGCUGCCAGCAUUCUGUCUUGUGUGGAUGGCCUUUCAAAUCUCAAGUCUCUAUAUUUAUCGUAUAACAGCUUCAAUACAUCUUCCUUGCACCACGUUUUGGAAACUCUCUCAUCAAAGCUGAGCAAUCUGGAGGUCCUUGACAUAAGUGGGAACACUUUGACUAAUGACAUCUUGCCAUCCCUCGAGGGAUUCACAUCUUUAAAGGAGCUGCAUUUGUCUCAGACUGAAUUGGACUCAGAUCUUCACAUUGAAGGUUUAUGUUCGAAAUUAAGUAAUCUUGAGGUUCUUGACUUGUCCCAGAACAACUUCAAGGACUGUGAUAUUGGAUCUGCCCUUAGAUUAUCGAUUCUGACCAACUUGACGAAUCUUGCUCUAAGCUAUAAUAAUAUCCACAAUUUUGUGGUCCGUGAAGGCUCAAAGAGUUUAAGUAGAUUGGAAGAACUUACUUUAGAUGGGAAUAUGAUAGAUGGAAACAAGCUCAGGGACUCAUUACGAGCUUUAUCAUCAUCUAUUAGGGUGCUUUCAAUGUCUGGCAAUACAUUUAAAGGAACAAUUGUUGCCGGAGAUUUUAAGGAUUUAAGUAACCUACAAAAUUUGAGAUUGGACGGAAGUCGUAACAUGGAAAACAAGUUUUUGAAGAGGAUUGGGGAAUUGACAUCUUUGAAACUUCUUUCUGUUGCAUAUUCUGAUAUAAAUGGCACUCUUCCUCAAGCUGAUUGGUUUAAACUGAAGAAUCUCGAAGAGUUAGAUCUGAGCUAUAAUAAAUUUGAUGGACCGCUUCCCUCAUCUUUUGGUAACAUGACAUCUCUUCGGAUAUUGGAACUUUCUCAAAAUCUCUUCACUGGACAGUUUGAUUCUAACAUUGCUAGCCUUACAUCACCUAGUUAA